GAACAUUUCAUAACAAAUGUUUGAAUGAAUUGAAGUAGAUUCGUGAAAAAAGAAGGGAAAAAUGAGUCGGAACAGCACGAUUUUGGACAUCUGGCAGCGAAAAUGUGCAAGAUAAAAAGAAUAGGGAUGCUUAUGAUUACGCGUUGCAGCAGGAGCGGCUGUAUUUUUGAAUCUUUCUGUGCAUGGUAUUAUAAUUUAACUUCAUAGGUAUAAAGGAUUUACAUUGCUAUGUAUGUGUGUAAGCUAAGAGCAAACCACUACAUUUCCCAUUAGCAAAAGUGAAAGUGUUCAUUAAUCAUUCUACAUAUUGUAUGCAUGCAUGAUCUUCAUAUGUUUUCAUGCAUCUGAUUUUAAAUAAUGGUUAUAAUUUGCAGCUGCACUACAUUUGUCCUAAAGCAACUGUUAAAUGUCUAGCUAAGUAAUAACUGUAUCAAAAAUGUCUGCUUUCUGUGCAAGACACCUGCUCCAGAACCUCAGGUUCACAGUGCACAGGGUAUCGAUUCGAAUCCCGCCUCGCAGAGUGUUUAUUUUUAAAGGUACUCAUGUUUUAUCUCAAGCCCCCAAAGUGGGACUGUUCUGUUGGACUGCAUGUGGCAUCACUUAUGCCGCCGGACAGGAAGCCAUUCAUCAGCAGAGGACCACAGAGAGGAAGUCAGUCGCCCGAGUGCAGAUCCACAGGUUAGUAUUCGUCUUGCGUUUGGGAAUCCGCGCCUUGGUGCUGCUUCUCAAAUUCAGCCCACUUCUGAUUCUGUAUCCCCUGACUUUACUCUCCCAACGUUGGGCGUCCCGUUGGUUGGAUGCCCUGCUUUGGGUCACGGAAACAUCUGGACCUACAUUUAUCAAGCUGGGCCAGUGGGCCAGCACUAGACGGGACAUCUUCUCUCAGGACUUCUGCGAGCGCUUCUCAAGGCUUCAUGUACGGGUGAAGCCCCAUCCCUGGUCCCACACCAAGCUCUGUUUGAAGAGGGCGUUUGGGGAAGGAUGGAGGCAGAUGUUUGCGUUUGACAGUAAGGAGCCUGUGGGAUCGGGAUGCGUGGCACAGGUGUACCGCGCCAAAGCCAAGGUGAAGAGCGUUGAAGAGCCGGCGUUCCUGAAGCUGGUGGAGGAACUGGAGAAGAACAGUCUUCUGGAGGCCUGGGAGAUCCCGGGUCUGGCAGGGGCUUUGAGUGACUUCUGGGAGACAUAUAAAGAUGAGGAAGACACGGCGGACACCAAGACGAGGGAUUUCGGAGAGAGACCUGGUCCGGACGAACACCUGGAGGAAGAGCGUCUGAUUCCUGUGGCAAUUAAGGUCCUUCAUCCAGGAAUCAGGCAGCAGGUGCAGAUCGAUCUGAUCUUAAUGAAAGCUGGAAGUUUGUUCCUCAACUGUUUGCCCGGCAUCAAGUGGCUCAGCCUGCCCGAGAUUGUGUAUGAGUUUGAGAAGCUCAUGACCAAACAGAUCGAUCUUCGGUUUGAAGCCCAGAACAUCGAAAAGUUCCAAAAGAACUUUAAAGAUCUGCCGUAUGUGAAGUUUCCUACACCCCUCAGACCAUUUGUCACAAGGACUGUGUUGGUAGAAACAUAUGAGGAAAGCGAACCCAUCUCAAAAUACCUGAGCUCAGAUGUCCCAGAAGGAAUCAAGCAGAAAAUUGCACGGAUGGGUGUUGAUCUUCUUUUGAAAAUGGUGUUUGUGGAUAAUUUUGUCCACGGUGACCUUCAUCCUGGGAACAUCCUGGUGCAGGGUGGGCGAGGAGAGGGACCCCAGGACAGGGCGACUCUCACAGACCUGUGCGACACUGUGGUGGUCAGUAUGCGGCCAACUCCUCCACCCCUACAGCUGGUGCUGCUGGAUGCAGGGAUCGUGGCGCAUCUCAGCGAGGCGGAUCAACGCAAUUUCAGAGCCGUGUUCACCGCUGUCGUUCUCAAGCAGGGCGAGCGAGUUGCAGAACUAAUCCUUCAUCAUGCCCGCGCCAACGAUUGCCAGGAUGUGACACGUUUUAAGAAGGAAAUGGCUGAACUAGUGGAUCAUGCGCUCAGUGACAGGCUUUCCCUGGGAAAGAUUCAGGUGGCUGAGCUGCUGUCUCGAGUCUUUGGUUUACUGAUUCAUCACAAGGUGAAGUUGGAGAGUAAUUUUGCGUCUAUGGUGUUUGCCAUCAUGGUCCUAGAGGGUUUAGGCAGAUCUCUGGACCCCAACCUUGACAUCCUGGAGAUCGCCAAACCCCUCCUGCUGAAAAACCUCCUCUGAUACGCUCUUCACUGAAACGUCAACAUUUACCUCACUGUUCUAGACGCUAAUAACAGCCUGCUACUUGAUCAGGGAAUUUAAAGUCACUCAGAGGAAAAAUUACAUAUCUGGGAUCAAUUUAAAUGUUCAUGGUUAUAGGGAAAAGUUAAAGGUGUUCCUGGAUCAAUAAGGUAUCCUGUGAAAUUGAGAGUGGAUUAUACAUAUGGGGCCAGAUUCAGUCUUUUUGUCUAUUUUGCACAUGAUAUGCCAACUAAUUUCUACAGUCCUAGUUUAUAUAUUCAGUGUCAAAAUAGUACGAGGUGCAUUACCUGUAAGAUUUUUAAUGUUUUUUCGCAAGGUCUCUUCUGCUCACCAAGCCUGCAUUUAUUUGAUCCAAAGUACAGCAAAAACUGUACAAUUUUGAAAUAUUUUUACUAUUUAAAAUAACCAUUUUCUAUUUGAAUGUAUUUUAAAAUGUCAUUUAUUCCUGUGAUUUCAAAGCUGAAUUUUUAGCAUCAUUACUAGUCACAUGAUCUUUCAGAAAUCAUUCUAAUAUUCUGAUUUGCUGCUCAAAAACAUUUAUUAUUAUUAUUCUGUUGAAAACAGCUGAGUAGAAUUUACCUGAAUUUACCAGCAUUUAUCUGAAAUAGAAAUCUUCUAUAACAUUAUAAAUGUCUUUACCAUCACUUUUGAUCAAUUUAAAGCAUCCUUGCUAAAUAAAAGUAUUUUAUUUGUAAAAAAAAAAAAUACAAGUUGUAGUGACUCUAAGCUUUUGAAUGGUAUAGUGUGUAAUGUUACAAAAGGUUUUUAUUUCCGGGAAAUGCUGAUCUUUGGAUCUUUUUAUCCUGAAAUGCUGAAAAAAAAGUACUCCGCUGUUUUAAAUAUUGAUAAUAAUUAAAAAAUGUUUCUUGAACAGCAAAUCAGCAUAUUAGAAUGAUUUCUGAAGGAUCACGUGACACUGAAGACUGGAGUAAUGAUGCUGAAAUGUAUUCAAAUAGAAACAGUUGUUUUAAAUAGUAAAAAUAAUUCACAAUAUUUCUGCUUCUGUUGUACUUUUGAUCAAAUAACUGGCUUGUUGAGCAGAAGAGACUUUACAAAACAUUUUUAAAAAAUCUUACUAUUUAGAAACUUUUGACUGGUAGUGUACAUUUCAUAAACUUUGUACAUAUCUAUGUAUUUAUCCAUUUUACCAAGUGUAAUUUACCUCCUUAAGUCAUCAGAUGGCAUGAAAGAUCUGAUGCAGCUCACAUCUUAAACAAGAUUUCCUUUUCAUCAUCAGUGUUUUAUGAGUGUGUUUGUUGUUUAAGCCUUCUCAGAUGAUUUGCUGAGAAAUGGAUGAAAAAAAAAUUCCUUUGUGUAUUUUGCACACCUUUGUUUGAAUUAAACUUAUGAUCUGCA